AUGCCCCGAUCUCCUAAAGCGAAGCGACCCAUUGCAGCAACCCACGAGCCUUCUGUGGCUCACUCAAAGACUAUCGAGAAUGCUGUGCGUCCAGCUGUAGAGAUCCAGGAACGGCGUCCAGCUUCACCAGUACAGUGGACGAGGACGCGAGUGAAUCGUCGUCCACAAUACCACGAGAAGGCCUCAUUUCUCGAGCGAGAGUCGUUCAAAGGUCUUGGGUUGGGUACAGCAGAGCCCUACAGUACUUGGUUUCCAGGUACUACACUGGGAGAAUCGUAUCGCGUUGCCGAUACUAUAUUCCAGGCAGCGCAUCAAGCAUCUCGAGAGACACGACCUGUUUCAUGGGGAUAUGGGUACACCGAUGGAGCGCUGGGGCAUAAUAAUACUCGACGUGUAGUGGAGAUGAAGACUUUGGUAUCAUUUCGUCGAAGUAUUGUGCGAGCUGUAUCGGCAGGAGAUCGAUUAAGUCUUUUUCUUACAGAUGACAAUUGGAUUUUCCAGUCUGGACGCUUGUUCGAGAAGCAGGAUGGCUGUAAUAUGUGGAAACCGGAUGAGAUUAAGCUGGAAAGCCGUGCUACUAUCGUUGCCGUAACAGCUGGACACCUCGCAGCGUACGCAGUUGAUGAUCAAGGACGGUUGUAUUCGUGGGGUACGCAGAUUUUCGGCCAACUGGAACCGCCGGUAAGAGCUGUCGUCGUGGAAAGGCACCCGAGACUGGUCGAAGACCUGAAUGGCCAUAGCAUAGUUAAGAUCUUUGCUGGAAACCACUUCGCCGUCGCUCUCACAAGUACUGGAUUAGUGUUUUCUUGGGGUCGAGGUUGUUUCGGACAGCUUGGUAAUGGCGACGUGGCUGACAACAGUAGUCCCGCUCGAAUCGAAGCUCUGAAAGACUCUAUCGCCAUCGAUAUAUCAGCUGGAAUGAGUCACGUGGUAGGCGUUUUCGUCCCAAGGGGAAAAAACCAUUCGUCAAACCAGCACGAAGAGAGUUUAGCAACCGAGCACACCGUCGUGAUGGUAUGGGGUCGAGGAAAGCACGGAUGUCUGGGCCUGGGAGGCUCUAGUAACGAGCUACUCCCAAGGGAAAAUAUCUUCUUUCGAGGAUUAGGAGCCGUCAAAGUCGCAGCCGGAACAGAUCACUCGCUGGUUCUGUGUAGAGCCGGCGCUCAGACUUUCGUGUAUGCGUUUGGAGGCAAUCAUUUGGGGCAGUUAGGGAUUGCGUCCAGUGCCGACCACGUCGAUAUGCCCUCGUUCCUGGACGAGUUUGUCAAUGUCCAUGUAGCAGACAUUGGAGCUGGGGCGCACUAUUCUGCAGCUCUUACAGGUGAUGGCCAAGUAUUCACGUGGGGCGAUGCGCGUUACGGCAAAACGUGUCGAGCUGACGGACGGACGACAUAUGUACCGUGGAAUGUUGACCUGCCAAGUAACAUUCCUAGUAGUACUUUUGUUUCGCAGCUCUCGGUUGGGUCGCAUCAUUGUUUGGCUCAACUUCGCAUCGGUGGACAAAUAGAUCGGUGGAGAAAGUUCCCACUUGGUGGAAUUCUACCAGCUUUAAGUCACAAGGAUCAGAGCAGUAAAGUGUCAGUUUGUCAGUGCAACAGUUCGCAAACGACGACACACAACACUCUUGGCAUCUUCAUCCAAUGUGACACUUGUCACGUAUCACCGCUGUGUCGAGUGUGCAGUCGUCGAUGUCACAGGGGGCACGUACUUCAGCCAACUGCUAUUGGACGAGGUCUGCAGCAAUGGUAA